CCACGCCGACAAAUCUGCUUCGUCUUCAACCGUAGAGAGUCUCUCCCCCGACUCUUCCACUUCAUCUUCUCCAAACUCUGAGUUUCCCCCGUUACCUUCUCAAUCAAUGACUAUUUUAAAACGAUUCUUCAAUGUUUUGUUCCACCUCCCCUUGAUACUUCUCCUAUAUAAAGCUCUCUCUCUCUAAACCUAGAUCCAUCCUAAAUUGAAAAAAAAAACUACCCUGCAGAAACGACAUCUAUGGCAAUGAAAUCCACCACGAAGUCUCAGCUUGCCACCGGCAAAUCUCCCGCCGCCAUGUAUUUCAACGACAUCUCACCGGGACCUUCUAAGUCACAGCUUCGAUUCCGUUUGAUCCAUUUUUGGGAGGCAGAGAACAUAGCCAAAGCUGGGGCCUUUAUUGGAUUAGAGCUCCUACUCAUCGAUGAACAGACAUACCGGCGUCAUCUCAAAGCAGGAAAUUUAUCGCGUUGCUGAUCAGAGUUUAACAGUUUCGUUCUCCAACGGCUCUGUUCUCUCUCCUCUUGACGACAUCCCUGUCUCUGUCUCUUUUCCCCCAGACGGGUUCAGGUUCCACACACAUGACGAAUUCCAAGCUCUCUGUGGACUCAGGGGUGACCUCUACGAUGUCGUUGGCCACUUGAGGCUGGUGAAUGGACAGUUUCUCACUGACCGUCCCGUCCUUGACGAGUCCGAAAUAAUCAGCAUGCGUCACAUUUUGGUUCAUUUGCAGAAAAAAAAUGGAUUGGUGGAUUUUCUACAACAUUAUAUGUCUAGGAUAGUCUAUUAAAACUUACCCUGUUUCAAAUAAACUGUAGCAGGUAAUCAAUUUUCCCAUUACGAUAACCGACCAACUGCUAAUACAAACGUUUAAUGUUUUGCUAUGCUUUUUCUCAUCGGUUUCUACUGUUUGCUUAUUAAUUUUCGAAAUACAUUUGCCAUCCAAUUUAAAUAUUUUCCUAGGAGCUUGAUAUUUAAGCUAUCCUGUUUCGCCACAUCAACUCUUACUUGAAAUAAAUUGGGUCAAUGUUCUCAGGUUUAUGAUUCACCCUUUGUAAAUUACUCUUUUCUUACCCAAAGCUCAUCAAGUUCAUAUUAAUGUCUAACGAUCACUUAGCUUACUCUUCACACGGCUUCUAUAUCAAUGCUUAAUUGUUUCAGAAAAUGUUAAGUUGUUGUUUAUAUCUCAUAAGUUCAGGCUGCUGUCUUACGUUGAGCUACAUUGCGGUUCAAACAAUGGGGUCAUCUUCACUUUUUGAAGUUUCAGCCAUUCAUGAACAGUGUCCCUAACGUGUGUUUAUAUGCCGUAACAAUAUAGAGCUUUUCCCUUAACUUCCAACCUAACCCCACUAUAACCCCAAUACUUCCAGCAAAGUUUUUGGAGAUGGAGUGCUAAGGCGAGCUGUUCAUGCCCUUUCAAGGGCUAUUUAUUUACCGCCCCACCUCUCCAGAUGCAACAUGGGAGCGGUUAGGUUGCAGCGAUGGCUGCGUGAACCUGCUACACUCAAACUUCUAACCGUCCAUGAUCGUAGAAAUACAAGAGCUUACAAGACAAUGCGUUCAAGAGACCAACAAGAACAGACCUCUCACGUUGCAGCAUCUUCAUUUGUAGCUCUGCCCUGUUUUGUAAACAAUUUAUGACCAUUAAUUAUGUGUUUUGUUCCCAUUAACGUUGGGAAUCUGUUAUUAUUGUUUGUAACAAGAAAUAAAAAUGACAACGUGAACGUUAUUAUUCAACCAGCUAAUGAUUAAG